GACAAGGUGGGCUUCGGAAAUGCUGGUUUUGUGAAAACGCUAGAAAUUUUCUGGAUUGUUUAGAUCGAGGAAGACAAAUAACCUGCAAACAACCUAUUGAUGUAUGUUACGCCGAAUUUCAAUCCACAACUUUAACUAUGGGAUGCAAGGAAAAUAGUAGGACUCAGUCAUGCACUGUACAAGUUGGACAAAACCCAACCCAAUGCCGAGUCCCAUUCAGAACAACUGCGUCUCAUACUCCUAACAGGUGUACUUGCUGUUGUGAUGAGGACUAUUGUAACCAGGCGUUUGAUAAUCCUUGUAUGGAAAUCACUGAGCUACCUGAGUGCACACCUGUUCCAGCUCCAGGAAACGGGACAAAGAGCUGCACCAAUCCUGAUGACAAUCUAAUACCAGGCACUGAAUGUUGGUUCGAAUGCAAUUCAGGUUUUUAUGCCGAGGGUCCCACCCACACCACAUGCGAACUUAACUCUGCCAGAACUGGUGCCUCAUUUACCAACCGAGGACCACGUUGUAUACCUCUUUGUCCACAAAAUGCUGUUCUUGAUGUCGUAUUCGCUAUCGAAAUCAGCACUAGUGCGUCUUCUGUGCAGACACUGAAAGAAAUAACUGCCGCCGUGAUCAGAAAGUUUAGCAUUGGAAGUACAGAUACUAAAAUCGGCGUGGUCGGCUUCCGUGGUAAUAGAGUCAAUCCAAUGGUAUCAAAUUUAAAGGACAGAAAAACACAACCUGGCCUCAUCACCUUCGUUAACAAUCUUUCGUUCUCCCCACCAGGUGUCGGAGCUACACCCACUCUGAUGUCAUACAUUAAUACCAACAUGUUCGUUGCAACGCAAGGCGAUAGACCUAAUGCCGGUAAUGUCAUUGUGACCAUGCAGUCGUCAAGCAUCUCUGUCACCAAAGGCGGAGAAAAUACCAUGAUCCCUGUAAGUUCUGUGUAUAAUACCUUCAGGCUCGUCGAAGCUGCGAUUCGUAAGUAGUGCUGAACAAUGAUCGGUCGGACCCUUGUUCUAAUUCUUGUACCCGGAAAAUAAAUAAAAACUAAAAAGC